AUGCACUCGGGGCACUUCACAGGCUACCCCAUGCCCAAGUUGGUGGCUUGUACGGUGGCGCUGCAGCAAAAUGAAGAGCAGCAGCAGCAGCAGCAGCAGCAGGAGCAGGAGAUCGUGCCCAAUGCCUUCAUGGUUUCGGACUUGAUACUGGCUCUUGUUAGAGACGGCCUCAUUGCAGAGGAGCAGCCAGACCCGACACAUAUCAUCCUCAGAGAGCUAAAGAAGGGCGAGCUGCGCCCGCAGAUCCUUGAGGGCGGCGUUGAGAAGGAUCGCUUCGACGCCAGCUGGUGUAUCGUCAGGGUCAAUGAGUCCGCACCCAAAAAGGUUCGGUCUCUUUUCCGCCACAGUCACUUUCCAAGAGAAAACAGAUUCAUUUCCCAGACUCCUCAAGACAUCCGAGAGUACUUUAACCACCCGUCGAUGGCGCGCGGCGCCGCUGGAACCAGCAGCAGCAGCAGCAGCAGCAGCAGCAGCAGCUGGGCCCGCUUCAGCGACUUCCACCUGCUGCUGUACGUGGCUCGCCUCUUCGAUGUGGCCACAAGCUUUUCUCUUUGCGAUGCUGUUCUAAACGAGACUCCCGUCGACGAGGGCAUGGAAGAUGUCCUCAAAUCCCUCGCCUAG